GCUGCGGGAAGGAGCCGCCUGACCGCUUGGCACUUCUGCUGCCUUCCUCUCCUUCCAUCGCCACCAGUGGUCUGGAUUGCGGCGGCGGCGGCGUCCCAUCGCGUAGGGUGCCUUGGGGCUGCCAAGUGGCCAGGUCAGUAGCCCUCGAGCGAGCGCUGGGAGGAGCAGGCAGCGCGCACCUCUCGGGUCUCCUCCUGGCGAGCGGAUCUCCCUUCCAGUAAGGGAUCGCUGGCGAGGAAGACGCCUGCGCCCCUCCUCCUGUGACGGGCGCGCUAUCCCGGGGUGAAGAGGGCAGGAGGGCGGGGAGGGAGAGGGCUGAAGCUGGCCACAAAAAGUCGCCUCCGUCCUCACCGCUGCUUUCCCUUCUUCCUCCGCGUAACAGACAGGCGCUCAUCUCAUCCCGGCGAACCCUUGGAGAGUUUUGCAACCACUUGGAGAAGACGGAGAGCUGCAAGGGGUGUUGCUACUUCCCCAGCUCCCUUCCCCUUCUCACUGUUGGGACUUCCUUGCUAGUUUUUCCACCGGUGCUUUUAAAAUAA